AUGUCUGAAAAGUCAUGGGACUUCAACCCAGCUGCUUUAAAAGCCAAGUAUGCCGCCGAACGAACCAAGCGUAUUCGCAAAGAAGGAGUUCACCAAUAUCAGACUGCCGAAGGAACAUUACGCCACUUCACGGAUGACCCCUAUGUUGAGCCUGGGUUUCACCGCCCACCGGUCACCGAAGAUGUCAACGUACUCAUUAUAGGUGGUGGAUUUGCCGGACAGUUGGCCGCUGUGCGACUGCUCGAGCGCGGAGUAAAGGAUUUUCGUAUAGUAGAAAAGGCGGGGGAUUUCGGCGGCACUUGGUAUUGGAAUCGGUAUCCUGGAGUAUCGUGUAAUAUUGAAUCCUUUGUUUAUUUGCCAUUACUGGAGGAGAUGGAAUAUAUGCCGUCGAAAAACUACAUUGAUGGUCAAGAAAUUUUCAAAUAUACUCGCAUGAUUGGCUGUCGGUAUGGUUUGUACGAGAAGACUUUGUUCCAAACGGUGGUAACACAACUGUUCUGGAACAAAUCUAAAUCAACAUGGAUAGCAAAUACAACCCGUCGGGAUAUUAUCAGGGCCACUUUUAUCGUGAUGGCGAGUGGAAUUCUGAGCAAAGCCAAGCUUCCUGGAGUCCCGGGUAUAGAGAAGUUCAAAGGGCGGAGCUUUCACACAUCCCGAUGGGAUUAUCAGUUUACAGGCGGUGAUCACAAUGGUGGACUCAAGAACCUAGCCAGCAAGCGUGUAGGAUUGAUUGGAACUGGUGCGUCAUCUGUGCAAGUUGUUCCCCACCUGGCACACUCGGCCGCGCAUUUGUACGUCUUUCAGAGAACCCCUGUGGGACCCGUCGAGGCACUAGAUUAUCCGGCUAAAUUAACAAGGGAAAUCAAGCUCCCGCCAGGAUGGCAAAAGAAAAGAAGAGAGCAAUAUAACCUGAUGAUCGAGGGGAUCAGAAAAGAUAUCAUGUUUGAUAACGAUAUUGCUGGGGAUAUCUUCUACAACCUUUCCAGGUAUCGGAUAGCUCGUAUGCUCAACACAAAUGAUGACGACAUGAUAUCCGCAGAGCGCAGACUAAUUGACUUUAUGAGAAUGGAAAAACUUCGAAAACGGAUCAGUGCUAUUGUUAAGGACCCUGUGAUUGCUGAAAAACUGAAGCCAUGGUACGGUCAAAUGUGUAAAAGGUCGUGCUUCGAUAAGGGCUAUCUUCCCUCCUUCAACCGGCCGAACGUGACUUUGGUGGACACCAACGGUAACGGCGUGCAGAAAAUUACCAAAGACGGAGUCAUCGCCAACGGAGAGAAAUAUGUACUAGACUGUAUUAUCUAUGCAACUGGGUUUGAGGUUGGAACCGAUUUCUCGCGCCGUUUGGGCGCCGUCAUAGUUGGUGAAAAGGGAGAGACCUUAUCCGAUCACUGGAAAAAUGGCGUUAGAACGUAUCACGGCAUGUAUACCCGGGGAUUUCCUAACUGCUUCAUUAUGAACAUGAUGCAGUUCGCAUAUUCCCCAAACUUCAGCGUCAUGAUCGAGGAACAAUCAAUACAUAUUGCCCAUAUUGUUUCUGAGGCAUCAAAACAAGGAAUUUGCACGGUGCAGCCCACAGAAAAGGCGGAAGAAGAGUGGGUUGAGUCAGUGGUUCAAUAUGCCGCAAGAAUACAGAGUACUGAAUGUACACCAGCUUAUGCGAAUUUUGAAGGGGCAACAGACAGGGUAACGUUGCAGCAAGGUGCUUAUAGCCAUUCAAUAAGCACAUUUACCAAGAUGCUUGAAGAAUGGCGCGCAGAUGGAAGAUUUCAGGGACUAGAAUGUGGAUUUAAAAAGACUCGUCCUGGACUAUAG